CCGGUGAAUGGAUUUGCUGGCGCGACUUCACCACAGCUCAGUUCGCCGCCGCGGUUCCUCGGGUCCGCCAGCUUUCCUUCGGUCCCGCCAGCUUUCCUUCUGUCCCGGAGCCUCUGGCAGGGAGACAAGAUCUGGGCCAUGGGGCUCUCUCGUGUCUGGCAGUGUCUAGCCGGCGCUGCCGUUUUAGUGUCCCUGGGUAACGCCGCCGGAUCCCACAGUCUUUCUUAUAGCAUCAAAGUGCUCUCCCAGGAUGGCUUUGUGCAGUCCGGGUGUUUUGCUGAGGGAUACUUGGAUCAUCAGACCUUCCUGCACUAUGAUCACAAAAAAGGCAGGGCAGAGCCCUGGGGACGGUGGGCUGAAAAGCUGGAAGCAGAGACGUGGGAGACAGAGUCCAAGGACUUGAACGAGACCUGGAAGGAGCUUGGAAAACUCCUGGCAGAGAUCUUGUCACUGCAGAAGGAGAAAGGAGGCUUCCAUUCCCUCCAGGAGACCGUGGGCUGCAAGAUCCAUGAAGACAGCCACCCCUGGGGCUUCCGGCUUCUCCACUUCAACGGGGAGCUCCUCCUCUCCUGUUCCCCGGAGGCCCAUGGAUGUGCCCUGCCCCAGUCCUCGGCUCAGACCUUGGCCAUGGAAGUGGUGAAGUCUUGGGACACAGACGGCUUUCUAAGCAAGCAUUACCAGGCCCACGUGCAGGGAGAACUUUGUGGGAGACUGCGGGGCUACCUGGAGUCCUGGACGGGCUUCGUAGAGAGGACAGUGCCCCCAGCCGUGAAUGUGACCCGCAGCCAGGACUCGGAGGGCAUGGUCCACCUCACAGGAAAGACCCUGGUGCACCAGAGAUCAUGGUGGAUCGUGAGCAUUCCUGUUGUUGUUUUUAUCAUUGGAUUUUGUGUCUUAUGUUAUAUUAAGAAGAGGAAGACAGCAUCAGCUACAGGGAGGCCAGAGCCUAUUAGCCUACAAGACCUGGAUCAAUUCCAGACGGAACCAACUGAUCAUAAUGGCCUCACACACCCAGAAUUUCAGUCCUUGUGUCAGACUCCGGCUCCAUCAGUCUAACAGGGGAAGCUUGGAAUCUGCAGCCAGGAGGCCUGAAUUCAGUUCCUAGUUCUGGUCUUAAUAGCACUUUUUCUUUGUUGUGUGUUCUGUUAUUUAUCGUAUUAUUAUUAUUAUUAUUUUGUAUAAAAGAUUAAAUUUAUUGGUCUUUUUGGGGAAUUUGAUGCAUCAUUGGUGUAUUACAACUGAGCCAUUAACCUUGUAGCUUCAUCAACGUUAACUGUACGUUUUCAUGACACUGCUGAGACAUCAGUUGCUUCUGCAGAGGUUCAAGGGAAAGGCCUUUUGAGAAGUUUGCCAGUUCCUUCUGUAUAUCUAUAAAAGCUUUAUUCACUCUGUUAACUUUUUCAUCAUUCAUAAUGUUUAUCUUCUUAAGAUUAGUGGUAACUGGUUUAACCUUAAAGCUUUUUUGACUGGCUAUGUGGAAUACAUUCCUGGACUUCUGCCCUCUUAGUUUGUUCUUGGCCAUUGUCUCUCACCAGGCGUCCGACACCCUCGUGUAGCCUCUCAGGUUCCAGGUGAUGCCAUCUGCACUCGCGAGGCCCAGAAGUUCCGGGCUAUUAUUUUUAAAUUAUUUUUAUUUUUAUGUUUUAUUUUUAACUGGAGAAUACUUCCAUUAUAAUGUAUCGGUUUCUGCCAUGCAGCACUGUGAAUCAGCCAUAAGUAUACAUGUAUCUCCUCCCUCCUUCCCUGCCACCUCCCCCAUCCCACCCCUCUAGGUCGCUGAGCACCAGGUUGAGUACGCAGUCAGGUCCUGUUCCCUCCCUGCCUGGUGCGCAGUAAGAUCAUGGGAAUAGAGAACUCAUUCCAUAUCUGUUUAUCCCAGCAGCUUUUUACACAUGGUACUGGAUAUGUUUCAGUGCUACUCUCAGUUCAUCCCACCGUCUCCUUCCCUCACAAGUCCAUUCUCCACGUCUGUGUCUCUAUUCCUGCUCUGUAAAUAGUUCAUCAGUACCAUUUUUCUAGAUUCCAUAUAGAUGUAUUUUUUAUUAUUAUUAUUUUUGAAGGUAGUUGAUUUAGAGUGUAACACAUUCCUUCUUGAAGUCUCCAUUUCUUCAUCUAUGAAAUGAAAAAACUAGUAUUUAUUUCCAGUUAUGGUUAGGAUGAUUAAAACCAAUAAUAUAUUUGAGGUGAUUGCAGCUGUACCACACUGCUGCUGCUGCUGCUAAGUCGCUUCAGUCGUGUCCAACUCUGUGUGACCCCAUAGACGGCAGCCCAUCAGGCUCCCCCGUCCCUGGGAUUCUCCAGGUAAGAACACUGGAGUGGGUUGCCAUUUCCUUCUCCAAUGCAUGAAAAUGAAAAGUGAAAGUGAAGUCGUUCAGUCGUUUCUGACUCUUAGCGACCCCAUGGUCUGCAGCCUACCAGGCUCUUCCGUCCAUGGGAUUUUCCAGGCAAGAGUACCACACUAGUAACUAAUAUUGCUUUUGCUUUUUAAUUAUAAUAGAGCACAUGGACAAUAAAUUAUUACCAAUAAGCUUUUUCUGCCAGU